CCCCGAUCCGGCCUAGCUGCCAAGCCCCUUCAACAUCACGCUUGCCUUGCAUCACACCCGUCCACUUCACAUCUCCAGACAAACCCCCGCUAUACCGUGCCGCAACAAUGCUUCCUCGACGCAUUGCAGCGGCUCGCCCGCUUACCCGCGCUCUGGCGCCCGCCAUUGCCCGUCGACCUCAGACCUUCCAGCAAGUGCGCACCGCUCUUACCGAAGCUGAGCGCCUCGAUCUCGUUGAUCCCAACAUGAACGGCGGCUUCAUCAACCCUCCGCCCAUCAAGGCUAGCAAACGCGACCCGUACGGCGACUACUGGGACAAGCAGGAACGCCGCAACUACGGUCAGCCCGUCCACGAAGAUCACGAUAUUCUUGGAGCUCUGUCUCUCCACGAUUACGACCACUUCACACCGGCUUGGGGAGCUGUGCUGAUGGGCAGCUUCAUCGUUUCCGUACUCGGUCUUUGCCUAGUGGUCAAACAAUACUACCCCGACAAGAUCAGCGUCCCAAAAACAUACGAGGAUGGAUUAGAGGCUGAGCUUGGAGGUCCUGGGGCCGUGAGGGCAAGAAAGCACGGCGAAGAGCCGUCCUGGAGAUAGUGUGCGCAAUGCAAGAGUAGAUGUGUACAUAUGCCGCCAAUGGAGUUUUUCUUUGUCCAAUUUCCGUUCUUUAUAUCAUUCCAUUGCCAGUCAUACCCAAUCUUUCAUGUUCGCUUGUCAACCUCUUCUGUGAUGUUCACUUAUCUCCGUAGCCUAUGUCAUGUAUGCACACGUUGAUGCGCAAUCCAUGAGCGACAAAUCACUCCUACAUGUCAAUGUCGUACUCACUCCUCACCUGCUACAUAAUCUUCUAGGUCAAUACCGGCAGCGCAUCUCGCGACACGAUCGAUACAACAUCGUGGGUUUUGGACCCGACGACUGAGGGGAAAAAGAACGCUUCUCCGACGGUAUCUUGUGGACUUGGUUGUGGAUACAGUCAUUCUCCAGGACUUUUUGAAAGCCGCAAAAUACGAGAAAAGCCGAAGCCAGCUGCCCCUAGAGUGUGUGUGGGACGUGAUGGGAGAAAUUGUGGGUAGAAAGACGAACUUCCUGGAGCGCAAAAAAUGGGCGUCUCUGGAUCGCUGCAAGUGGCACGACCACAGCUUUGACUGCGGUUCUUAUGGACCUGGACAGUCGCUUCGACUUCGAAACCGUUGCUC